AGAGAAAAGAAUUUCGUGUUACAGAUUUUCUAGGAAAUGAAAUCUCACCUGCAAGAAGUUGUAUAUUAGGUCCAUGAGAGUAACAGUUCCGUGAAGCCCACUUUGAUCUUUGCAGAAACUAUUUAAAAAAGCACUAGAUCUUCAUGUUAUCUAUCACAGAUUUGUUUAUGUUCUGUAAUGUCUCCAAAUACAGGCCUCUUUGUGGGACCUAAUAAAGGUCAUGUUGUAACCAAGAAAGAAUUAGCCCCACGUCCUUCUGAUCGCAAAGGGAAAACCAGCAAAAGGGUCCACUUUGUGAGGAGUUUGAUCAGGGAAGUUGCUGGUUUUGCCCCAUAUGAGAAGAGGAUCACUGAGCUUCUGAAAGUUGGUAAGGACAAGCGUGCCUUGAAGUUAGCCAAGAGGAAGUUGGGCACGCAUAAAAGGGCCAAGAAGAAGCGUGAGGAGAUGUCCAAUGUUCUCCGCAAGAUGAGGGCUGCUGGAGGUGGUGAGAAAAAGAAGUGAGAAAACUCACUAAUUUGAAGUAGUUGGUUCCAUCUUUUAUAGAAGUUAGUAGCUAGAGGCCGUCUGCUAUGUUUUUGUUUAGACACUGAAGAUUCUGCUAAGAACUUUUUGUUUUAAUUGGAAGGAAUGAUGUCCUUUUAAUUUCAUUAUCCACAAUUUUUUCUUGUGCCA